GUGGCAGAGCCAGCCUUGGGUCCUUAAGGUGCGUCUGGACUCCAGUUUUGCUCCGAACAAAUCCCCAAUGGCAUUCAUUUCUCCCCUAGCCCAGUCCUCCUGUUGCAGGAAGCUUCGGGGGGGGGGGGGGGCAGGCUGAAGACUGACACGGACCCGACCCCCCUCCCCUUUUUGCUGCUUGCUUCUCCAUCCCCUCUGGAGCAGGUGAUCCACGGGAAGGCGGGGGGGGGGAGCGCCGAGAAAUAGGAUGGGGGGGACGGAGAGCAGGAGGAGUGAGUGAGUGAAAGAGGAGGAGGAGGAGGGAAAGGGAGAGGAAAAGGAAGGCGAAGGAGAGGAGAGGACCAGACUCGGGGGCGAGGAAGAUAUUGGCAACAGCUGCCUUCGCUCCCCCUUUGCCAACGCACAAAAACACCCAGCCUGGGAGGAGAAGAAAAAGUCCGGGAGCCGCAGGAGCGACAACAACACCGCCCCCCCCUCCCGCCGAGCAUGGACAAAACUCUCCCGUUGGCCAGGAGACCCGGCUGGCUCCAUCUGUUGACAGCUGCUUUCUGCUUCUGGGGGGCAGAAGGAAAGGUAUAUUAUUCUUGUGGGGCAGAGUUCAACUCCUUGGAAAGAGGUCUUAUUUUAUCACCCGGUUUCCCAAACAGUUACUCGUCUGGCAUGCACUGUAUUUGGCAGUUUUUCAUUCCUGCUCGAAUGUACCUAAUGCUGGAAAUUUUUGACUUUGAUGUAUUCGAAAGCACAAGCAAGAACCAAAAUGACUGGGAUAACUUCCCUCCUCCUCCUUCUCCCUCUACUCCAAAAAAUACAAACGAGGAGGUUGCUGCCACUGAGGAAAACCCAGACUUCCUCACAGUGUUUUCUACGAAGGGAUCCUUUCUUCAGGAUUCUCGCAUAAAGAGUCUUGAUAGUCUCCAUGAUAGGUUUCCAGAGACGACCUCUCCAAAACACGAGUCCAAACAAUUCCAGCAAACAGAAGAGUCCAAAGAGUUAGCUAGUAAUCAGUCUAGUGGACUGUCUUUAAUGGAAGCAGACAAUCUUACUUUGCUGGGACCAAACAGGGGUGAGCAGGAAGGCAGUGAAGAUCCAAAGGAUAAAAUCUUGCUUGUGCACCUCACUGCUAGAGAGAAAAGAGAGGAUGAUGAAGGCCAGAAUAAACAUUUAAAAGAGGUAUCUUCUGGAGAAGAUAUGACCAUUUCAUCAACGGUGUUACCAACAGACACGUCCUCCACCCAGCAGUCUUCAGCUGAUGUGUGUCCCCAUGAUGUCUUGUAUGUCACUGACCUCAUAACCUUUUCUUCUCGCUUCUGUGGCACAAAUUCACCAUUGAACAAGGACAUGGCUUUUGGAUCUUCUCUGAAGAUGGUAGAGGUCAUUGUGGAGCUGAUCACAACCACCGACCGUGGGCGAGGCUUUGCGAUGCUGUUUGAGUACAAGAAUGAUACAGAAUCAAUUGUCAUGAAUGAUUCGACAGAGGGGAGAGAGAAUAUUAUGAUGCUGGUCAUCAUAACUGGGAUUCUUUUCUUUGCACUUGUUCUGUUGUCCACACUGUGUAUUGCUUGCAGGCAGCAGCUGUGUCCCAAAAGGAACUCUCUGGAUUUACGCUGUGACCAGGAGAACGGGAUCCAGAAUGCCGGCAUUGAUAUCAAUGAGCUUCGCUUGGUCAUGCCAAGCCAAGAGAACGAAAACAACAACCACUCUGUUGGGGGAAAUGGAGCGGUAACUUCCUGCAGUGGCAGCACUGAGUGUUCACCACCACAAACCGACCCAGAUGUGCCCUCUUCAAUGUCAGCAGUGACCACAGAGUCUGGAAGUGAUGAAGUGUUUAUCAUUUCAGCUGGUCCUGGAGUGAGCGGCUUGAGUUUUACUUCUUACAGAAUCCAGGACAAGAGCCUGAAGAGAAGCAUCACAAGUCCAGGCUCUGUUUCUGACUGGCGGGUGACUGAUCAAACCGACCGAGGUGCAGGCCCUGCGGAGAAGAGGCUGGCUCAGACCGAGAGCCACUGCCCCAGGCAACGGACGUGGAGUGCACGAGCAUUUCAGGAUUUGCUGGCUCCGUUACCUCAGCUACAGAAGAAAUGGCGCAGCUGGACGACCAACAGCCCUUUCACAAAACUGGUGAACAGCGGCGGCUUUUCUACAUCAACAAGAAAUCCAACUGCAGCUACAAGGAAAAUAACAUCAGCGGCAGAGAUCGAGGGGAUGUCAGAGCUUGCUUACUCAGAUUCAUCGGCCAGCACUGCAUCCUACCCGUUGACCCAUUCGGCACAAAAACAGCGCAAGUUGAGCAGCUGUAACUUGAAGAGAUCCCGCUUUGGAAACCCUUAUUUCGGAUUUCUGACAAGCUCUCCCGACUGUAACCGUCCAAGGACAUCCGAUUCCUCCAAGCCUUUGAAUGUCAGGUCUCCAGGUAGUAGCCAAAGCCAGGGAUUGAAAGAGCCUCUGGAAGGUCAGCACAGAAGCAAUGGCUCAAAAUCCAAGGAGCUGUCCUUGGAAAUGGACAAACCCAAAGCUGUUUUUGUGAUUUCUGAAGAAGGGGAUGACCAGCAGCCGUUGGUGUUAGCAGAGCAUGUCCACCCAUAUGCAGAUGCUUUACCUGAACCAAAUGUCGUCAUGCACAAUCUAGGGAUAGCCAUGAUGGAUGAGCAGCCAAUGGGCACACCUGUUCAAGGAGAAGGCUUUGCUGAGUCCCCCAGCACCAGGACAGAAUUUGAUCUAUGGGGGGAGUACCCCAGCACAUACAGAGAUUCCUCCAAGGGCUGCAAAGUUUACAAGGAACAAAACAACUACACGCCGGUUACAGAACCCAACGACACUCAUCAGACUUUUGACUCCUUAGCAUCUCACACACUGUGUCAGACUUCAGUUCAGUAACUCUUCUAAACGCAGAAUCCAAACUGAUGGUGAAUGUUCAGACUUGCACAAAUUAGAAGCAAUAAAGAUGCAAUUUAAGAUGCAAUGGGAGCUGCUCUGCGCAUAAAGGUGGGAAGAAGGCUUAAGCAGCUGGGACUUUGUUAUGGCCAUAGAUUAUGGAAAUGUGUACCCUUUUACUGCCCUACUGAGUGACUGGGGUGAGAUCCUUCUGCAUAUAGUUUUAUACGUCAGCUUACUGAGAACUUCUGAAGGCCACCCAACUGGUUCCUGUGAUAAAGAAUCCAGGCUUUCUUAUAGUGGGGUUUGAACCACAAUGGUACCACCUUUUCUGAUGGCCCCAGCAGAAAGACUGUGGCCAGGGUUGCCAGCAGAAGGGCUUGUCUUGUUUUUAACAUGGUACUUUGCAAUGGAUCAACCAAAUUCUCUCCUUGUUUGGGGACGCUUGCACAGUUCCCUAAAUGGAGGCUUCAUUGUGGCCACGGUGAGGUGGUGACAGGCAGAAUGUAAAGCUGUGCUUAACAGGAAAAGGAAAUGUCAAAUGGUCGAGGGUUAGCUGUGCAGAUUCAAAGUAGGCCUCAUCCUUGGUUGAUUUUCAUGGCAUACAGACAUAGAGUAGAUUAGAGUUGUAGGCUGCAUUUACACUGCUGUGAGUGACAGAGUUUCCUUGGAGCAGAGGACCUCCCUGUAAAAAAGCUUUUCACUUCCUGGGUCAUGCAAAGAGCUGUCUGCCUUCUUCCUAUUUAAGGCAGGAUUUUAAAAGGGUGAAGGCAGGCAAGUGUAUAGGAAAGGAAAGUACUAUUUUAUAAUGGAAUCCUUGAAUUUUCUCUCUUGUAGAAAAUUGUGGCUUUAUGCUAUUACAAUUGCCAGAGGUUCCUCAAGUGAGCAGGGUGGGUCCUGUUAAGACCCUGCUAUGAUAAGAGGAGGGUUGCCUAUCUUGCAGAGAGCUGCUUCGUUUCUCCUCCCAGACUUGGUUAGUUGGAGGACUCACUGCCCAUGCAACACAUGUGAACAAAUCCACUUGAGCAUUCCGGCUGCUUGGUAAUCUUAACACAACAGUGACCGAAAUGACCAGUUUGGGCAGACACCACAGCACCGUCACCUUUUGUUGCGGCUGAAAGGAACAAGAAUUGCAAGUAGCCCAAAUCCCGUUGGCUGCAUUUAAAGUUGCACUUAGCAGCAAUAAACACAGUUGCACAAUUGACACAUUUGCCACUGUUGUUUACCAACAGUAGGUGCGAGUAGGAAGUGGAGAUACAUUUAGAACCAGAAAUUUUGAUGGGCUAUGUUUCUUUUGGGCCAUAGCCAUGCAAUUCUAUGCCUGAUCGCAUUUGCGGUUGCCAGCAGGUACACAGCAAAUGCGCUUGCUAUGUUAAUAAGCCCUUAAAUAUGGAUUGACAAAACCCAGCAGCUCUCUAACAAGGCUGUCAAAAAUGCUCACGCCUACCUUCUUUAUCUCCCGGCAAAAUACACCACUACGCGAGCUGCAAAUUCUUGUCAGCAGAGCUACAGCUAGCUGCCUUUUGACAGUAUAAUUCUGAGUUACUAUACAAACAACAGUCUGAUGCUAGCCACCUGUUUUGUCUUCUGCACUAACUGCCCUUUGUUGAAAUGACUUCCAACUUAAUUAACUAGUUUCAGUCUUGAAUUCUUAGAACCCAGCUGCACCAUCCGCUUUUCCAAGGUACAGCCAGGGGUUUUAUUUUUGUAGCAGGAACUCCUUUGCAUAUUAGGCCACACACCCCUGAUGUAGCCAAUCCUCCAAGUUUACAGGGCCUUCUGUAAGCUCCAGGAUUGGCUACAUCAGGGGUGCGUGGCCUAAUAUGCAAAGUAGUUCCUGCUACCAAAAAAGCCCUGAGUACAUCCCGAGGUCAGGUUGAAUGACAUCAUCUAAGACCUGGCAGGUGGGGGAACUUUUGGACCAGGAAAGGGGUGUGGGAGAGAAGGUUUAAAUCUUAUUCCAUGUGCUGCCGCCUUCCCAACCUGAAAUUGAUUCGGGGAGCUGUAAUUUGUACCACCAUGUAAAGUUUUCCCAGCAGUACAAACAGAGCCAGUUCAGUGUAGUGGUUAAGUGUGCGGACUCUUAUCUGGGAGAACCGGGUUUGAUUCCCCACUCCUCCACUUGCAGCUGCUGGAAUGGCCUUGGGUCAGCCAUAGCUAUUGCAGUUGUCCUUGAAAGGGCAGCUGCUGUGAGAGCCCUCUCAGCUCCACCCACCUCACAGGGUGUCUGUUGUGGGGGGAGAAGAUAAAGGAGAUUGUAAGCCGCUCUGAGUCUCUGAUUCAGAGAGAAGGGGGGGGGGUAUAAAUCUUCCGUCUUCUUCUCUGGAACAAUUUCAGGUUGGGAAAAUGAGGUGUGGGGGUGGGGCUUAAGCCACUUCUUCCUCCCGGGCUGCUGUCCUGAUCCUGAUUGAAGGGAUGUACCAGGAAGUGUGUAUUGUGCAGUUACAGACUCAGCGUGGCACCUGUACAAAGCCCUGGCAAUGCUUGGCUUGCUCUGUCCAAAAUACCUUAACCCUGUUGAAAUGAAUUCUUUCAGGAUUUCCUGCAUGUCUUGAGGGGGGAAAGCCAUGACAGAUAAAUUUAUAUCUGCAGUGUAGAAGUAACUGUAGUAAAUAGCUGCUGGGGAUUAUUUUAGGCAUGUGAUAUUUGGUUCCUUGGGACCUGCUUGGAAAAAAAUAAUAGCAAUAAUCAGACUCGGCUAUUGACUUCCAAUAAAUACCUGCUGUUUGUUUAGUCAUUUCCCUUCCACUACUAAGUAAUGCUUCUCUACCCUCAUCCAUGCAAAUGAAACAGGAAAGCCUUUGCUUGCUGAAAUAAUUUUGAUUAUAGAUAAUUUUGAUUACACGAGUGUGCUUUUAAAGACUCAAACGAAAACCAUUGCAUUUAAGGCCCCCCCUUUCUUACUGGUUCUAUUGAAAAUGUGUAGUUAGUUAACCCUUCUCAAAGGCAUUCCUUUUUGCAUUAGCUGAAAGCCCUUCUUUCUUUGGGGACUACACGGCUUGACAGCUGUUUGAGGGAAAUUUCCACGUAUCUAUUGCAAAACAGGUGCCAGGAAUGAAAUUCCUCCCCAAAUAAAACUUCUGCCCUCCCAAAUCAA